AUGAAUACAACGACCACUCCUCGACCUUCGGAUUCAUCCGCGAACAGUAUUCCCAAUAAACCAAGAAUUCCUCUCUCAAUCCAUGCCUUGAAGAGACAGAGUCAACCUGUGAGGAUCGAUGAUAAGCUCAGCACUGCUUCUGGAACAAACGGAGUCACCGGCGAUGGAAAUCCUGGUAGAGCGAGGAAAAUCACUAGCAAUGGAUCGCUCAUACCUCGCGUCAACAGCAGUGUUCCCACUGUCAAAAGGGGCUCUGGUGGAAGAGAACCGGGCGAAAGUUCAAAGACUGGUGCUGCUCGGAACGGCUUAGAAUCUGAAAAGGGACUUCGAUCAAUCAAGGGAAAUAUCGGUUCAAGUGGUUCUACUCGCACUCCUGAUUCUAGCGCUUUCCUUAAUAAUCCUACACCGACCGCUGGGAGUUCGUUUCAUUCAAGCAAUCGGACCAAUGCUCCUACGGCAUCAAAAGCAGCUGCUCCUCCCAAGAUCACACAAACGAGCUCUCGUGUGAGCGACACUACAUCGCCGAACGCUACUACUACAAUAACACAAUAUCUUGAUGAACUGGUGAACCCAAAAACCAAUUAUGGUGGAAAAUCUGUCAGGCAUCCUUCUUCCGCUUUACGAAAUACACCUUCAGGUCCAUCACGCUUCAGACUCCCCGCUUCUCCCACUCAGACGAAGGCCUCGACGACGCAGGCUCGCCCUGCCAAAUCUAUACCGUCAACCUCAAGUACAAGAGGAGAUCCACCUGUCCAUCUUUCGAAUUCUCGACCUUACCAACCUCCAAAUUCGUCGACACAUACUCCUUCCAAUUCUGGUCAGGUCAGGUCUACACCGGCUAGGGAACAUACUUCCAACAGCUCGCUCAACAACCAAACUGUGACCUCUAAUCAUGCAUCGCGUAUCAAUGAGAUACAAACGACUCCCAGGAAACGACAACUGGAAAUUGUGUCUCCACAAAACUCACUUGCGAAACGAUCAAAGGCAAGUCACAGCGUUAUUAGCACCUCAAGAUCUACAUCUAGGAUGAAUACUGCCAUCAUCGAUUUCACGAUGAUCGAUAGUGAUGACGAAGAUGGAUAUGGCAAUGAGCCGAUAGAGAAAGUGAAAGAGGAGCCUCCUGAGGAAGGAUUAAAACAUGUUCUUGAACAGCAAGUAACCCCUAGUCAACCUUUUCAACUUCCUGCAAACAUAGAAAGAUCACAGAAUGAACAACCAUCAACGCCAACGGAGGUAACAGCAAGAUCAGAUGAGAUGAAUGCACCCCAAACAGCUGCCUCAGUACCCCCAUCUUGGGUGAUAAAGGAACCCAUCCGUCACAAACCAGUAAGAUUGAAUGAUAUUUGGGUGGUCGCAUCUGACCCUUCCGACAAAUUUUGGCACAAUUAUCCUAGAUGUUCUUCCUCGGACAGAGAAGAUGAUCUCAUUGGUACACCUGAAUGGCAGGAAAGACGGCAAUGUCUCCGAAAGAUGUCUCUGAUAAAGCAGAAAUGUAAUGGCAGAAAAUUGGUAAUAUUACCAAAGAAAAGCAAUUGGCCAUUCCUCAAGAGGAAUAUAAGAAUGGGUGUCGCUGGAAUAGCCAGACAGAAAUUUCAGUACCUGAGUAAAAGGGACUUACGACCACCGAGGAAUUUUGAGAACUUCUGGAACGGGUGGGACGAAAGCAGGAGAACCAUAUAUUCUUCUCGAGAACAUCGUUAUAUAUACUUCCGGUCCGGUCGAUUCGACGUUACUUCCAGGACUGCACUAAGAGAGGACGACUUACCUAGUUCGGUUCAUCUUAGGAUCAGGAGAUCAGGGGACUCGGAAGAUUGUGCUACCAUGCUACACCAAUUGCAAGGCAUGUCCGUUCCUGGACCUGAGGGGAAGACGGCCAUCCUCUACCAUUCUCGUCCAAUUGAUCUACCUGAAUCAGCAAGAAUGCACCUCCCACCAUCUAUCAAAAUACACGCACGGUUCUUUAAAGGCAAUGAAAAAUGGUCGGUAGGUCAAGGAGACUUUGAGAGUGAUUGGACGAACUUUCAUGAUAUGAACGGAAGAUUUCUCAGGAGAUUGAACAAUUUCGUUCUUCAAUCUAAAUUCGACGGAACCAGUUUAGAGAUUUCGCCAAAGCCUACCUGCGCGAUAGAUCCUUCUCAAUCUUUAGGUCUGCUGAAACCAAACAUCGUCGCGAAACAGAACAAUAACGUCCAGAUCGACUUUCAGGCCACUCAAACGACGCAUCGUUCAAUUUGUGGCCUCAAGGAUGAAGAAUUGUCCAUGUUUGACGAAGAGGAAGAAAUCGCUACUUAUCUAGCUUUGCUACACGGGGGUAAUUUCAAUGGCGUUAUUGAGAGGCGAAAACUGGGCGAUCGGCGAACAAUCACAAUAAAACUCGUAUCGUUCAAACAGCCAACUGGUGUAAGGACAAAAGAAAAUCCCACCGCAUCAGCCCAGGUUGGCGCUUUUACCGAUGGCCAAACAAUUCCCGAUACUGCUUCAUCUGAGCCAAGCCAAGAAAUGGAUAUAGACCCUCUGCCAGGACUUAUCAUGCAACCCACAUCGGAACCUACCUCAGAUCGAGUGUCAAUCUCCUCGCAUUCAGCCAUAGCGUACGCUGCCCCUCAAAUAGUCUCAGAAUCCGAUGUAAUGGUAUCCCCCUCGACUCCCAUCGCACCGGUCGAUUCCACAACUACGACGGAUAGAGUAGCAGUCGAUACCAUAGACAGGUCAGAGACCAUCUCAACAAAAAGCACUUCUACACACGCAGUUCCAAUCGUGCAAAGUCAAGCUGGCUCUGUACGAACGAUAACCCUACCUGACUCUAUUGAUACGCUCGGAUCGACAACGGAAAUGGAGAUCAUACCUGUACAUGGCCAGAAUGAAAUUCCAGGUGAAUCAGUGUAUAGAACCAACUCGACUCCAAGACAAGGUACCCCAUCCGGUCGAUCUGCAGUCCAUGCAUCAGACAUUGGUUCACAAGCCGCCUUGCCUCCCGCGACGAUUCCUUCCACAACGAAUGAGAACAAUCAUAUUGCAAGUGCAUCUGCGCCUACCAUAUUCGAAUCUGCAAUUGCUGCAGACCUUCAAACCGAUUCUAGCACCGAUCGACCUACGUUGUCGGCAGCUGUUGAAAGCCGGCCAAUGACGGUACAAAUAGACAAUCUUGAUAUCAAACCGGAUAUAACAUCGUUGUCCAAUGGGUUGGCGGGACCAUCUAUGCGCAACAGGGUGAAUGAAUACACCAAGUGGUCAACGAGGAUCGAUCCUGGGACCUUGGCGGAUCUCUUCCCUGCAUUGGAUGAAGUAUGGGAUGGAGGCUUUUACAGGUAUAUGAUCAGGGAUCAGGAAGAAUCGAUUACUUGGACUCGAUAUCACCUAACCGAGAAACAGAGAUUCAUGGCUUGCUGUUGGAACAGAUGGGUAUUCCAAAGAGGUCCCAUACCAGCUUCAGAUCGUUCCGAGUACUAUAACUCCUUCAUCCGAGCAUAUGGCAACGUGAUGCAUCGCGCUCACCUCGAUAGAGAAAUAUGCGAUAAUUUCCAAGUUCUUUGGCGAGACAAUUAUAUCAGUGUGAGAGAAAUGCACGAAGCGUUGAAGAUAUGGGAUCAAAUGUCAGGAUUCCAUAUGAAAUUACGAAAAGCAAGAUUAGAAAGAGAGCGUUUGAAAGCGAUUCAGGCUGGACAAGAUCCAGAUUCUCUUGACUCUGAUAGUGAUUGGUGA